UGAGGUAUUUUCCUGACAGGUUUAAAAACGAAAGUCAGAGUGAGAAACAAGAGCACAUGGUGACUGAGUGACAGGAGGACUGCGCACGAACGUCUCAGCAUGAGCCAGUGGAAGCAGAUCCAGCAGCUGGAGAUCAGACUCCUCGAACAUGUGGAUUAUCUGUACGAUGAUAACUUCCCCAUGGACAUCCGACAGGGUCUGGCCAGCUGGAUCGAGUCCCAGGACUGGGACACGGCGGCUACCGACGAGUCCAUGGCGGCGGCGCAGUUCAACAACCUGCUGUCCCAGAUGGAGAGGGUGCGUUCACAGGAGCAGAACUUCCUGCAGAGGCACAACAUGAAGAUCAUACAACAGCAGCUGCAGAUUAAAUACACAACCAACCCCACUGUCAUGGCCAGAGUUAUCUCCACCUGCCUCAGGGAGGAGCGUCGUAUCCUCUCCAGCGCUUGCAUGCAGGAACAGGGUCCUCUGGAGAAGUCCUUACAGAACUCGGUGGCCUUUGAGAGACAGACGAACCUGGACAACCGAGUCGGGAUCAUCCGGGGCAGCGUGCAGAUGAUGGACCAGGCUGUGAAACACAUUGAGGACAUACAGGACGACUUCGACUUCCGGUACAAGACUCUCCAGUCUCGGGAAUCGUCAGAUAGAAACUCUGAAGCGAUGAAACUGGAAGUGAUGAGACUGCAGGAAAUGCUCAACAGGCUCGACUUUAAAAGGAAGGAGAUCGUGUCUAAGAUGGACGUGGUGGUCAAGGAGAUCGAUGACCUGAUGACCUCUCAGCUCAACCCGGAGCUGCAGGACUGGAAGCGCAGGCAGCAGGUGGCCGCCAUCGGGGGUCCGCUGCUCACCAGCCUGGACCAGCUGCAGAGCUGGUUGUCUCUGACGGCCCAGAGUCUCUUCCAUGUCAAGCGUCAGCUGGACAAACUGGGGGAGCUGGUCGUGAAGGUCACGUACGAGAGCGACCCCAUCCCGCUGCAGAAGCCUCAGCUGGAGGAGCGAGUGAAAUACCUCCUCUAUCACCUCAUCAAGAGCUCCUUCGUGGUGGAGAAGCAGCCGUGCAUGCCCACACAUCCACAGAAACCCCUCAUCAUCAAGACGGGGGUGCAGUUCACCACCAAAGUCAGACUCCUGGUGAAACUCCCAGAAGUGGAUUAUCAGCUGAAAGUGAAAACCAUAUUUGACAAGGACCUCCCCCCCGGCAGAGUAAGUCGGCAGUUUUUCAUCCUGACCAAUAACACUAAAGUUAUGGAUAUUGAGGACUACUCCAAUGGCUGCCUCUCUGUCGACUUCAGACACCUGCAGUUAAAAGAGAAGAAAUAUAUCAAUGGCACAAAGGGGAGCGAGGGUCUGCUCUCGGUGACAGAAGAACUUCACUCUCUGAGUUUCGAGGCUUGCUUCACGGUGCAGGGCCUCACCAUCGACCUGGAGACGUGCUCCCUGCCGCUGGUGGUCAUCUCCAAUGUGAGCCAGCUGCCCGGAGGCUGGGCCUCGGUCAUGUGGUACAACCUGCUGACGCACGAGCCGCGGAACUUGGCGUUCUUUGGAAACCCGCCUCGGGCCAGCUGGAGCCAGCUCUCUGAGGUCCUGAGCUGGCAGUUCUCCACCUUUGCAGGUCGCGGCCUCAACAAGGAGCAGCUCAACAUGCUUGGAGAAAAGCUUCUUGGUCAGCACGUCUCCUGCAAUGACUACCACGUGUCCUGGUCAAAGUUCUCCAAGGAGAAUAUCUCAGGAAAGCCGUUCGGUUUCUGGAUGUGGUUGGACUCCAUCCUCGAGCUCAUCAAGAAACACCUGCUGCCAGUUUGGAACGAGAACUACAUCAUGGGUUUCGUGAGUAAAGAGCUGGAGCGUUCCCUGCUGAAGGACAGAGAGCGAGGCACCUUCCUCCUACGCUUCAGUGAGAGCCACCUCGGAGGAAUCACCUUCACCUGGGUGGAGCAUAGUGACAACGGAGAAGUGAAGUUCAACUCUGUGGAGCCGUACACCAAGAACCGGCUCAGCGCCCUCCCGUUCGCCGACAUCAUUCGAGACUACAAGGUGAUCUCAGACGGGGUCGUCCCGGAGAACCCUCUCAAGUUCCUCUACCCCGACAUCCCCAAGGACGAGGCCUUCGGGCGGCUGUACAACAGUCAGCCCAGCAAAGUCACUCCAUACAUAACAUCGACCCUGAUCCCCAUCUCUGAAUUACGCUCUCACACCAGCACCUCGUCCCCUGCCUGCCAGUCUCCUGAGCCCCCGAUGACUCCUGGCGAGUUUAACAUGCUCAACGAUCAGCUGUGCUUCGACAUCGACACGAUGAGUUCCCCAUACUCAGAGUGAAGCCACAUUCCCACUGACCUGAAACCAGUCUCCCAUCAACGUUGUGAUGAUCAUGAAAAUUAAUGUUUUAACUAUUGAUUAGUUCUAUGAGGCUGUCGUUGUAUAUAUGACGAUUUAAAAUUGUUCAGUUUGACUGCAAUGUUGAUAUUAGCUUGCUUUUUUUUUAUUUCUGUAUUACUUUGUUGUAAUUGUUGCAGUGGAAACUGUGUGGUAGUUACACAAUCUUUUGAUUUGACCUGCGUUGCAAACACAACUUACUUAUCUGUUCCUUGUUACUUCACCUGCCGCCCAUCAACCAUGAGGAGGAAACGUGAAGACAUAAACUUCCCUCAGAAGUCUGUUGAGCUUUGACUUUGGAAGCAGCUGGAAUUAAAAAUGCCUAUGAGUAACUUU